ACGAUCGCAUAAUGAAGACUUGGUCAUUUCUGUGGAUAUUUUGGUCCAUCUUAUUCAAGUGCCUAGGAUGCGUGAAUUCAUAUAGUUCGAAAAUAAUGUGUUCAUAAAAAUGGGAAAGACAAACCGUUGCGCAUUAAAGUAUAUGAUGUGUUUUGUGCUAGAAUAUGUGGGAUGAAGUUAAUAUUUUGUGAAUUGUGGUACAAUUUGUCAAGAUGAGACUGGCGACAGAGAUAAUUGUUUAUUUGUCACUCUUGAUCAAAGCUUCCGACUUCAUAGUGAACGCAGCAACAUGCGAAUUCAAGAAUCGCCUCAGAGACAAAUGGUAUUUUGUGGGCCAGAACAGGAAUUCGUACCUGAGAAUCCGGCGGACAGCGAUACAAUUUAGAAUAGGUCGACACGACAGAAUUCGCUUCAAAUGUGUGAGAAAUAGAGGGAAUAUCUACUUAGUAAAGAAACCGUUGUUCCAGCCCGGUAUGGACGCGGUGUUGUGUAUUGGAUUUAGUUACAUCGCCGAUCACCCCGAGGCAGAAUACAGCCUCGUCAGACUCAUGGCUCCAGGUCUUGGUUCUCACAUCAUGAGUCCACGGUUAAUCCGCCACCGGACCAAACUGACCAUCAACGGCACGUGUCAAUUCGUGCAUGGCGGGGGACGGCGACAGUUCACCUUCAUCAAGAGACGCAAACCUGGCUGCCGUUUUCCGAAGAAGCUUCAUGGUGACUGGAACUUCACCUAUCGCAAAGCUCAUCACCUGACCUUCAACCUGCGAAAUAUGACGCUGGUCCUGCUGAGUGGCGAAACAAUCACCUUCCAAUGUCACACACGAGACAACGGGCUUUACCUUGUCAGGACACGUGGUUUCCGAAACACGGAGAAAGAUGGUGUCUUGUGUUUGAGAAUCGAGGCCUUACCUGAAGAUCCAUUUUACGACUAUGAAAUGUCCAGACUCAAUAGUGGGGAGGAACUGGAUGAUCAGCUGAUGAUGGUACCAAGUUACAAACCUGUGCAUCUCCACCGAGACUGCCAGUGGAUCGACAGUCCCGCCAGACCACAUUACCUGUACCCACUGUAAUCCUGCCAUACCGUGUCCACUAGUUACACCAGCUGGCAGAGCUCGGGGUGGGGUGGGAAGAGCAGAUCUAUUCUUAAAUUGUUAUUUUGGUUAUUUAGAUUUCAAAUUUUUGAAUGUUUUCUUGGGGUGUUUUUUUCUUCUGUCGCAUAAACAUAAUUGCUUUGAAUCACUCCUCCCCUUCACCCCAGACCACCUCCCCCAUCCUGGAUCUGCCAGUACAUUAAUGAUUUAACUACUUGGGACACUGAUUAAGGCAGCAGCUAUUCAGCUUUCUGUAAAUGGGAUGGGAUGGUAAAACUGAACGCAAAGAAUCCGUUUGGACUGAAAUUUAUAACUUAAACUCAUUAAUCUGUAUGGAAAGGAAACUGAAGGAUAGAAAGGUAUGGCAACGUAAGUGAGCAGGAUUUGCAGAGAGAGCAAAGAAAAAGAAUGUUUGACAUAUAUGCGUCGGAAGCGGGCAGCAGAGGGCAUUGGCCUUCAACUCUGAAUAAUGUUACAUUGGGCUCUCCUCAGUUGAACAUCAAAUUAAGACAUGUAUAUAGCUUCGUCCCCACCCCCUUUAGUUGCUGUCAUCUUCAUAUGCAUAUGUUUAUGAAAUAAAACUGUAUAUCUAUAUACUCGGUAUCCGGUUUUAUUACCCUGCUGGUGAAGAUAUAGCGGUGUCGUACAAAUUUCGUACGCACCACCAGGUGCGUAUUACAAACUGUAUUUUGAUUUGUCAACAGGGAACAGAGUUAAUUUCGAUUGGUUG